AUGGCGCAGCACCGGAGCGCCGUUGAGGGCCGCCGUCUGACGGUUUUUGACUGCCGGACGGAGGCCUCAGAGCGGCCCGACAGAGAGCUGAGCGUCGCUGAGGAGGACCUGGACACCUUUUUGCUGGCCGUUUCGCGGGAGUUCUCGAUCGCUGAAGGGGAGACGUUUGUCUUGUCAACCACAGACAGGAAGCAAAUCAACGCUAGCCGAUUUGAGGAACUUAAAGAUGGAAGCACACUGUACCUGCUGCACUCAGUCGACCAGGAGCUACGUGUGGCCACCAAGGAGCCCAUCGUGUUCCUGCCACAUUACGACACGCUUAUCAAAAGCGGCAUGUACGAGUACUACGCCAGCGAGGGCCAGAAGUCACUGCCAUACGCCUUUGCUGAGCUCAUCGAUAACGCACUGUCUGCCACGGUGAAAAACGCUGGACUGAGGAAUAUAGAGAUCAGACUGCUUUUUGACGACACCCAGGGGAAACCCGCAGUGGUGAUCUUCGACAAUGGCUCUGGAAUGACUUCCAAACAGCUCAACAACUGGGCCGUGUACCGGUUAUCCAAGUUCACCCGGGAGAACAGUGACUUCCAGAGUGACCACACUGGCUACAUCCGUCCCCUCCCGGUGCCCCGGAGCCUGAACAGUGACAUAUCUUACUUCGGCGUCGGGGGAAAGCAGGCAGUCUUCUACAUCGGACAGUCAGCAAGGAUGAUCACCAGGCCGGUGGGGUCACUGGAUGUGCACGAGCUUGUCCUGUCCAAGGAAGAGUUUGAGAAGAAGGAGAGGAACAGAGAGGAGAUCUACUGUGGUUACAUUCGAAACAGGAAGCCAGGCGACUCCUCCCACAUCACCAGUGAGGACGAGCGAUUCCUGCACAGCCUCAUCCUGGAGGAGGCGCAGAAGGACAGCUUCACUGCCGUGGUCAUAACUGGGGUGCAGCCCGAGCACAUUGCCUUCCUGAAGAGUGACUUCCAAGUGUGGACCAGGGAGCUGGCGCACAUCUAUCAUUAUUAUAUUCACGGAGCCCAGGGGAACGAUUCAGCGUCACUUCUCAGGAAGUCUGACACCAUGACCAAGAUUGAUAUCCAGAUCUGCUUGAUGGAGAAGUUCAAAACGCCUAGGUUGCUGAACCUCCGGCAAGUCUCCAAUGACAUGCAGACCCUCUACAUCAACUCGUGUGUGGAUACCUUCGAGUUCAGGGCUCACGUGGAAGGCGACGGCAUCGUGGAAGGGCUCAUCAGAUACCACCCGUUCCUCUAUGACAAGGAGACCUACCCUGAGGACCCCUAUUCUCUUUCCAAUGCAGCUGAAGAAGAGGAUGAAGACUGUGUCAUCUUCAACCAAGAAGGCCGAGGCAAGAGGCCUAUAUUUCAGUGUUUCUGGAACGGCAGGUUGAUCCCUUAUACCACCGUAGCAGAAUUUGACUGGUGCGCCCGACCCAAGAAGAGUGGGUCCGUCCCGGUGGAGUGCUUCAACAGGAUCUCCGGAGUGCUCUUCACCAACGACCACUUCCAAGUCAGCACCAACAAACUGACCUUCAUGGACCUGGAGCUACAGCUGAAGGAUAAGGAGACCAUCUUCACCAGGGUGGUCAAUGGACAGGAACAAAGGGUGAAAAUCCAGAAGGAGUUUUCCCAGUGGUUGAAGGAAUGCCACGAAAAGUGGGACAAACAGGUGAAGUUCUUGGGCUUCCAGGGCAUCAUGGCCAGAAUGGACGUGUCCACCAAGAAGAUGCAGUCGCCGUGGGCCAAAUUCACGUCUAUCGAGUGGGACGGCAAGACGUACAGCACCGGCCAGUAUGUAAAAACAGUCAAGACACAUCCUAUCAUCUUCGGGAGCAUCAUCCAGUUCCUCCUUUAUGGCGAUCAUGAAGGAGACGUUUACGCUACUGGGGGACACGUCCAGCUGGCUGUGGAACCUAAGCAGCUUUUUGAUGAGGUCAAAACGAUCCCGAUCUGGAAGAUCGACAGGGGGGCUAAUCUGAAGUCCAUCAAGAAAUACAUCGAAGACGAGCUCGCAAAACUUCCAGACAAGCUCAGGGUGACCUGGCCAGAGGGCAAUGAAUGGACCCCCAAUGAUGUACGCUCAGCUGGUACCCCCUUUGGUCCCAUCCAGGUUGAGAUCUUGAACAAGAAAGGCGAAUCGAUGACUAGGAUGCCAGGGACCAACUUGAGCUCCUCGAAGAAGCUUCUCAUGGAGCUGAAAGUCGUCUGGCACUCCUCCACCGGCGACAUCGAGACGAACUCUCAUAUCAGCCAGCAUGGAGGAAAAUGGCCAUAUUGGUUUAAAACUAUGGAGAACCUCAGCAAGCCGGGCAGCUACACACUGCACCUGCAGGCCGUGCUGAAUGAGAGCAGCGCUAGCAUGUUUGCCGGACAGAAGCUGCCCUCCUACCGCAUGAAGUUCUCCAUCUGUGCGGGCAGUGCUCAGAAGUUCACCCUGGGGGCCGUCGUCAGCCCCCUCCGUGUAGCCGUGCCUUUCAGUAUCCCCGUGGAGUUCCUGGACGAGUUUGGGCAGCACACCAAGCCGCCCGCUGACAUUAAGCCCCUUCUGGAAUGCAGUGGCCUGGACUUGAGCUACGAAGGGACCUCAGUGAACGGGAAUGCCUUCACCAUCAAGGGCGUGAAAGCAAACGGCCCCGUGAAGAAUUUCCAGGGCAAGGGCUACAGUGUGAAGGUCAUCAUGUCAGGCAUGAAACCAGAAACUCAGCUUCUGAAGAUCAGCCUCCUGCCAGGCCUUCCUAGCUGCCUGAAGGUGAAGCCAGACAGCGCCGACAUGGAGGUGGAGAACGGCACGUGCCAAGAAUUCAGGGUGGAAGUGCAUGACGAGGCGGGCAACAUCACGGCACACCCCAAACUGAUCAUCCGCUGCCAGUUCACAGGAACCACAGACCUUCCCCUGGAGGCCUUGGAUUGUAGCAACACAGGAACAGGCCUGUUUAAGAGCAAGCUGUACAUCAAGAACGUCAAGGCAGACCACAUGAUCACUGCAGAGUUUGACAUCCCCAGCUGCAAGAAUGUGAGGACUGUUGAGCAGGUGUUGAGGGUCACACCCAGUCGGCAGGUGGCCAGGCUGGAGAUCUAUAGCCAGCAGGAAGACGGCAGCAUCAUUGCCCUGAAGGAUGGAGAGAAGGUGGGCUGGACGGCAGGGGACAUCCUGCAGGACCUGCACUUCCAGAUGUUCGACGAGGCCGACCGUGCGGUGCCACUCACCCCCAGCCUGGCCAGGAAGAUCAAGGUGAACUGGCAGGCCAGCUGUAAGGAGUUGGACCAGGGAAAGCUGCCCAACAUCCCUGUGCCUACAGUGGCCAAGGAAGAGCAUUACUACCAGGUGUCCCUGCAAGACGAGAACUCCUCCGUCACAUGCUCCUUCACCAUCAUGCCCCGUCCCGACGAGCCCAAGCGCAUGAAGGCCACCUGGAAAUCCACCACCUCUGUGCGCAUGGGGGAGUUGCUCCCCGGCGACAUCUGUCUGGAAGUCGUCGACCAGUUUGGCAACAAGACCCCAACGCUGACGUCGGCUUGCGUGAACACGUUCGGGGUGUCCGCCGACGGGCUGGAUAAAGCGAGCCUGAAGGUCACAUGGCAGGAGAGCUUGCAGUCCAUCAUCAUCCAGGGGGUGCGCUUCCUCCCUGGGGUGCCCGGCCCGCGGGAACUCUGCUUCGCCUGGAGAGAGUUUGUAGAAUGUGUGCGCCUCAAUGUGUUGGCCGGCCCACCGAAACAGCUGCGCCUUCUGGACAAGCCUGAGGAGCCCCUCCAAGUAUUCAGCGGGAACAGUAUCGAGAGUCCGCUGGUGGUUCAGAUCUGUGACGACUGGGGGAGUCCUUCCCCUGAGCCGGAUGCCAUCAUCUCCUUGAAGGCCACCUCCUCUGACCUGAAGAUCACGCUGGUGCCCCCAGCACAGGCAGGUGACUUGGAAGGGAAGGCAAGCUUCCUAGUGAAGAAUGUCACGGCGGCAAAGGGGGAGUACAGCCUGGAGUUCAGCGGCACCCUGGGCAAGCAGUUCAUCCCAGGGCCAGUGGUGAAGCUCAAGGUGGUGCUGGACCCCAACAAACCCGUCAAGCUGACUGUGAACUAUGACACGUGCUCCGAGUUCCGCGCCGGCGGCUUCUUCCCAGUGUUCUCGGUGACGGUGCUGUCUGAGGAUGGGGGAGCCAUCAGGAACCUGAGCCCGGCCUCCAUAUCCAUGCUGAUGUGGAAGGGCGAGUCCACGGGGUCCCGGCCCCCCUCCGGAGCUGCUGCCCUCAAGUGCAGUAAACCCAAGGAGACUGAAAAGGACGACUGCUUUUAUUUCAGGGACAAAAUAAUUCCAGAUCGUGUUGGGAAGUACACGAUUCAGUUCGUACUCUACGUGGAUAAGACCAAAUGCCUUUGGAGUCAUCAGUACGUCAUAAAUGUAGUGCCCAGUGUUCCCGAGAAGUUGAUGCCAGACUUUCAACCGCCGACCCCAGUGGUCUCCAACCUUCGCGAAGUUGAGAGCCGGACCCUGGUGAAGACCCUGUCACUGAAGAUCAUGGACGAGUACAGUAAUCCCGCUGGAGCUCACCUGAAUGGGAUGGUACAGGUGUCCUUCAGGGGUCCUGCUACCGGAGUGGUGGAGCUGCCUGUCUUUGAGGGAAAGGUUAAGAGCAAGUCUUUCCACCUCUCUGGGGGCAUGACUGAAAUCAAGGAUCUCGUGAUCAUGGAGAACAGCCCCGGGACGGAUGGGAUGGAGUACAUUCUGGUCUUCCAGCCCGUGGUGCGUGGGCUGCCGACGGACAGUGUGCUGAAGUCGUUCGAGCUCCCCUUCAUGUUUUACAAUGAUUCUAAGAAUCAACAGCAAAUGGCAACUCUGACCCAGAAAAAGGACCGUCUCUCUCAGUCCAUCAUCGCCUACAGGAGUCUGUUUGACACCAACAACCAGCUGAUCUCUGAGCUGAAGGAUCAGCUGCAGGACGCUACCAACAAAGAAGAUUAUCUGAAAUCUGAACUCAAGAAGAUCGAUAUAAACCCAACACAAGUGUCCACUGUGGAAGCCAUUGACGUCCUUAUCUCUCAGACGAAGGCAGAGCAGGAAAGGCUCCUGAAGCAGCCACGACGGACGUGCUCCAUCCCCGAGGCCUUCAGGAGCAACCCCGACGUCCUUGGAAAGGUCGCCCACCUGGCUCAGGUUGUGGAUGCGGACGUGGCCCGGGUCCUUUCCUGGCACCUGUCAGGUGACAUGGACUGCGUGGUGACACUUACGACGGUCGCCGCCCGGCAGAUCUACGAUGACACACAGGGCCGGCAGCAGGUUCUGCCGCUGGACUCGGUGUUCUGGAAGAACAGCAACAGGCCCCUCCCCCACAUACGGAAUGGCGUCUGCACCUUCAUCCCUCAGGGGAACCCCAUGUUUGCCCGUGACCUGUUCAUCUACCCCAAGAACGCAGAGAGCUGUCAGAUUGUUUUCGGCAACCUCCUGGGGGACACCAUCCUGGUGGACAGCCUGGACGCCGCAAACCACUACCGCAAAGGGGUUGUUCAAAGCAAAAUGCAGUGCCCUACCCUGCUGACCCGACACGGGGAGAGAGUGCGCAGUAACGGCAAGUUUGGCGGGCUGCAGAACAAGGCCCCACCCAUCGAGAAGCUCCGGGGCCAAGUGUUUGCGGCCCCGCCCCCCCAGCAAUACUACAGACUUUGCGGGGAGAUCGAUCUCCUGCAGCAGUACAGGAUGGCCAUGAUGAAGAGCCAGGAAAUGAGAGAGGAGUACGAGAGCCAGAUGGAGCACCUGAGCUCCCCCGAGAUGGUGCAGAAGAAGCAGGAGCUGAAGGAGCAGGAGCAGCAGCUCAAAGACAUCGAGACGACACUGGGCAUGUCCAUGUCCAGGAAGUCGAAAAGUCCCGGGACAAAGCGGUCCAGUCAAGGGGACGGCUCGGACAUCAACCCCAAGAGACUACGACGAGAGGGCAGAUCCUCGGCGUCCGAAUCUUCUCACGGCAUGGGGACAAGAAGAAGAACUUCUUAAAAGUGCAAAUAUUUUCCCAUCACUGAAUUUAUUUAUUAGUAUGUAAAUGGAAUUUGUACAUUUUUCAUGAUAACGAUGAUGAUUUUUUUAAUUGCUGAAACGGGCGCCUGAAUUUGUUUAUAAGUAACGCUCAGGCACCUUCGAUUCCGUUUCUCAUGCUGAUGCUUAGAUUUGACACGUUUCCCUGCUUGUUUUCGCUGUUAAUAUAAGAUGUUAAUUAUCGACGUGCAUCCUAUUAAAAGCUGCCUACAUAUU